UGCGGGGCCCCUGAGGGCGGCAGCGGCAGCGGCAGCGGCCUCCCCGGCCAUGGCGCUGAGGGAGCUGAAAGUUUGCCUGCUGGGGGACACUGGUGUGGGCAAAUCAAGUAUUGUAUGGCGAUUUGUAGAAGACAGCUUCGACCCCAACAUCAACCCAACAAUAGGAGCAUCCUUUAUGACCAAGACUGUGCAGUACCAAAAUGAGCUGCAUAAAUUCCUAAUCUGGGAUACAGCUGGACAGGAGCGAUUCCGUGCUUUAGCACCAAUGUACUAUCGAGGGUCAGCAGCAGCUAUCAUAGUUUAUGACAUCACAAAAGAGGAAACUUUCGCAACUUUGAAGAACUGGGUGAAAGAGCUUCGACAACAUGGACCACCAAACAUUGUUGUAGCCAUUGCAGGAAAUAAAUGUGACCUUAAUGAUGUAAGGGAAGUCAUGGAAAAAGAUGCUAAAGACUAUGCAGAUUCCAUCCAUGCAAUAUUUGUAGAGACCAGUGCAAAAAAUGCAAUAAACAUAAAUGAACUCUUUAUAGAAAUUAGUCGUAGAAUUCCAUCAACUGAUACCAACCCCCAAUCUAGCAGUAAAGGUUUCAAACUUAGAAGACAGCCAUCAGUGACAAAACGCAGCUGUUGUUGACUGAUCCUUUAAGAAAUCAGACUUGUUUAUACAAUUCUUACAAGCAUCUGCCAUUACAGCAAAUAUUUGUAAACCAAAUGGUAACUUGUUAAUACAGCCUUGUGGAACAGUCAUGAAAACAUAGCAGGCAAGAUGCAUCCACUACAUCAUACCAGGGUGAUGACAAAAGCCUAAUGAAUUAUUCACCUGGGUUGACUUGACUUUUGCUAGGUUCAGUUAAGACUUCAAGAAUAGGAGAUUUAACUCCAUUUAAUACAGGGUAUCGAGGCUGAGAUAUUGAACUUGGGCUCUGUGCUCACUGAAACAGUGAUAGAAAUGGAAUAAAAACCUAGGCGGAAUUUUUUUUUCUAUUUUGGCAUUUUUUUCUCUCUACUUAAAAAUGGAGAAAAAUCAUUCCAUGUCUCUUAAUUUUUUAGCUUAAAAAUAAAUUAUGGCAUUUAAGUUCCAGUGAUUUAGGCACAAAUGUAAUAAUCUUGAUAAACAUAUAGCUCUUGCAAUGUAACAAGUAUUUGUCUGCAUUUAAAAAAAAGUAAAAAAAUUAACCUUUGUACCAGCAAUUCUAGUUCUUCUUAAGUUCUGCCUUCUAAAAUACUAUAUUGGGUUAAUUUGGUGCAAAGGUUAAAAGGUCGGUGCCUUCUUAAUAUAGCAUCUGUUAAAAUAAAACUUAAGCCGCUCACAGUUACAGAAGCAUUUAUAACACUGUAUACCGCACAGAGUUACAACCAUUACUUCAUUGCAUGAAAUGUAGCCUGUUUACUAGUGAUAAAAUAUUGUAAUGAUGAAUUGCCAAGCUUAUGAAUGUUCUGAGACUUGAUUUUUUUUUUUCUUCUUUUUUUACAGUCGUCUCUUGGGCUGGUCCUGAGAGUGUACACAGUAUGUCUGUAUUGUUGGUUUGUAGAUGCUGAUGAGGAAAACUAGACUUAUGAUUUCUCUCUCUUGUUUGAAUUGUUACAUUCCCCACAUAGCACAUAAUCUGCAAACAAAGAUAUUUUGUUGAGCAUAUUGUAAACUGCUUUGUUUCAGCUUAAGCCUUCAUAACCAACUUUUUUAGUGUAAUAACAUGCUGAAUCACUACCAGGUUGAUGUAUUGUGCAAAAAAGGUGUAAACAUUUUAUUAAUAAAAAUGCUUUGUUUAUA